AUGCUUCAUAUCUUGUCUCUAGUUGCAAUUGCAAAUGAGGGUGGUUGCAAGGGCCUGGAGAAACUGGAGGAGAAGCUGCCAGUCAAAGAGCCAGCAGAUAAGGAUCUCUUGGAGCCCAAAGAGCUGGUGUCCUCCAAAGAGGUGGAUGCUGUGAGCAGCAGAAUGACCGACGUGGUAGAUGUAACCAAGGAGACUCUUCAGGACAGCAUAGAGGCUGUGAAAUCAAUGGUGACCAGUAGCAUGAGCACAGUCAUGGGCUCCACAGUGGGCCAAAUGGCUAUGAGUGGAGUGGAAGCUGUGCUGGAGAAAUCUGAGGACCUGGUGGAUCACUACCUCCCCAUCACAGAUGAGGAACUAGCAAGCUUAGCUGAAUCUGUGGAGGGAGCUGAAGAGUCUGCUGUCCAGCAUCACGGCUACUUUGUGCGGCUGGGCUCCUUGUCAGCUCAGCUCCGCCAACGUGCCUACCAGCAUUCCUUGGGCAAAGUGAGACAGGCCAAGCAGGGCAUGCAGCAGACCUUCCUACAGUUUCAUGAAGUCCUUGACCUGAUUAACUCUAUCAGGCAGAAUGUUGAUCAGAAGCUUCAGGAUGGCCAGCAGACGCUGCACCAGAUGUGGCUUGACUGGAGCAGCAAGCACUCAGAAGGAAGUAAUGAUGCAGCCUCUACAGAGCCAAAGCAGGUGGAGUCUCAUACGCUGGCCAUGUCUCAGAGCAUCACACAGCAGCUGCAAGACGACUGUCAGACCCUGAAGGCCAGCAUCCAGGGCCUCCCUUCCAGCCUACAGGAAAAGGUGCAGCAGGUUCUCAAGAACUUAGAAGAGCUCCACAAUUCCUUCUUUGCUGCCAAGUCCUUCCACGACCUACCAAGUGCUACCCAGAGCCAGGAGAAGAUAACCAAAUCCCAGGAGUACAUAGAUGAGCUGCUUGAGUAUAUAGAGCACAACACUCCUUUCUCCUGGUUGGUGGGACCCUUCACCCCAUCUGGCAGAGCCUAUGUAACACCACAGGAGGAGCCUGAGAAAGAGGAGGUGGCUCAGAAGAAGGCAGACUAGGGACCAUAUUAUAGCUGUACCUAGCACAGUCUUUUUGGAAAGUGCCUAAUGUGUAAAGGGUAGAGCUUUUGUGGGAGGAGUGGGGACUAACUUCUCUGGCCAGCACUAAUAUCACACCUUGAACCCAGUUGACUGUUUGCAGGUGAAUGCCUUGAGAAAAGUUAAUAAAGAAAUUAAAUUUAUUAGCCAAUGGCUCUUUUCCCAGGAAUACCUUAGACCCAAGAACAGUCUUAUAGCAAUAGACCUUCAAGCCUGUUAAAAGUAAGUAGGCUUUACACUGAAUAGCUUUCUCCUAGAGACCAUGUAUGGUGCAGAAUCUCUAACAAAAACUAAAAAUAAAACGU